AUGCAUCGCCCACCAGAGGUCCAUUACAGCUUCACCAUUCCCUCAAUUCACGAUGACACGACGCUCGACUGUCGCGUGUACCACCCUGAUUUGCUGAGCGAAUAUACUGGCGAGACAUCAAGAUGGAAGAAGAGAGGCAUUGUCAUGGCGCAUCCCUACGCACCUAUGGGUGGGAGUUGUGAUGAUCGGGUUGUUGGAGUGGUAGUGGAUGAGUUCGUGAGGGCUGGGUGGGUAGUGGGGACAUUCAAUUUUAGAGGUGCGCAUGGCUCCAAAGGUCGUACCAGCUGGUCUGGUCGCCCCGAGCUCAACGACUACAUGUCCUUCGCCGCGUUCUUCAUACAUUAUCUGAGCUACGUACAGCCAUAUCCUAUACCACAUCUCGAUUCGAUGCCUGAGCAGUCCCCGCUGCCGUCCUCUGUUGAGUCUCUGCACCAGCAGAUCAACCAACCUCCCGUUGUAAUACUCGGCGGCUAUUCCUAUGGUUCUCUGAUCCUCAAAAACCUCCCGCCUCUCUCUUCAAUCCUACAACCUUUCGCUACACCUGUUCUCGGUACCGCAGCCGACGAGAUACUCCUCCGCGCGCAUAAACUUUCCGACCAGACCAACCUCUCACGGUUACAACUCUUGCGAGACCACGAGCGAGGGCGCAAAGACAAGACGGAUCACGGACGGACACUUUCUGUAAUACAUGGUGGCGAGGAGACGCCUUCCGAUAAGAGGCGAAGUAGCAGAGAAGUCAGGAGAAGCGUGGAUGGCUUCGGACGACAUAGCCAUGAUCUCGGAGAUCGAUUGAGAAACAUAAGCCACCGGAAACCGAAGGACGAAAUAUCACCGGUACAGCUGGUCACGAGAAACGCCGCUAUCAGUAUGCCGGAUGUGCGCUACCUCCUUAUCUCGCCUCUCACCCUCCCUAUAUCGACGCUUGCCGCACCGGCGCUGGGACAGAUGUUUUGGAGCAGAGGCAAGGAUAAGAGUCAGGACGUCAUUGGAAAACACACUUCCUUGGCUGUAUACGGCGAUCACGAUGUCUUCUCGUCUGCGAAGAAGAUCCGCGAGUGGGCAGUGCAGCUAAGAGCCGAGCCUGGGUCGUGUUUCUCGAGCGUUGAAGUUGCGGGUGCCGGUCACUUUUGGGUCGAGAAGGGUGUUGAAGAAAAGCUGAGGAAUGCGUUGAGGGAGUGGGAGGUUGGCGUACGGUGACGGCAUCAACUGUUGACCAUGAAAGGCACGCAUAACAGCUCCAUGGUUCUAAUUACAAAUCUCGAGAUGUCGCGUCUUCAAUCACAGGGCAACAUGUUUCAUGGUAAUAUCAAUUUAAACGCCUUAUCCCAAGUAUAUCCGAAAGCAAAUAAACACCAAUGUCUAAAAACUAC